AUUUCUGUAAGGAGCCUCCACUCAUUGUUUUCAUGACUCUGGUCCGACUCACUCAGAGAUGGAGCAGAUGGACUGCAAACCCUACCAGCCGUUAUCCAAGGCCAAGCAUGAAAUGGACUUAGCUUAUACGAGCUCUUCUGAUGAAAGUGAAGAUGGGAGAAAGGCAAGACAAUCCUACGAAUCCAGAGAAACUCUUAAUGAAUAUGGCCAGGAACUCAGACUGAAUUACAACAGCCACAACAGAAAAAGAAAAGCUGUUGACGAAUCCACUCAAGAGAUGGAAUUUUGUGACACUCCACACAACCUGUGCAUUGGCUACCAGGGGGAGAUGCAUUCUGUGUCCCAGCAUGGCUAUCCAAUUGAGAUGGGUUCGGAUGUGGACACCGAGACAGAAGGUGGGGCCUCCCCAGAUCAGGCCUUGCGGAUGUGGAUGUCCGGGAUGAAAUCGGAGCACAGUUCCUGCUUGUCGAGUCGUGCCAACUCUGCCCUGUCCCUCACAGACACCGACCAUGAAAGGAAGUCAGAUGGAGAGAACGACAUGCCAGGAAGCCCACGCAACCAGUUUACCUUUCGGCCGCUGCCACCACCGCCACCGCCACCUCACGCAUGUACCUGUAGCCGGAAACCACUUUCAACAACCGACUCUCUCCAAGGCCGAUCCUUGACCACUCGCAGCCAACCAAGCCCCGCUGCUCCCCCUCCACCAUCCAGCAACCAGGACUCGGUGCAUCUCCAUAACAGCUGGGUCCUCAACAGUAAUAUCCCACUGGAGACCAGAAGUCAGUGGGGGAUUUGCUGGCCCUCGGCUGUGGAAAUGCCUUCCACCAGAAAUCAGGAGGACCAUGUCUCUUCCCUCGUGCCAAGCGAAAUGCACUUCCUAUUUAAACAUGGAUCGGGGUCGUCGGCUAUCUUUAGCGCUGCCAGCCAGAACUAUCCUUUGACUUCCAAUACUGUUUAUUCUCCGCCUCCUCGACCGCUUCCUAGAAGUACUUUUUCUAGACCGGCGUUCUCUUUCAACAAACCCUACAGAUGUUGCAACUGGAAAUGUACUGCCUUGAGUGCAACAGCUAUCACAGUCACGCUGGCACUGCUACUGGCCUAUGUCAUUGCAGUACAUUUGUUUGGCUUAACAUGGCAGCUACAGCCUGUUGAAGGGCAGCUUUAUGAAAAUGGACUCAGUAAGGGAAACAAGGGCACCGAGACCCUGGACACAACUUACUCACCGAUUGGAGGGAAGGUUUCCGAUAAAACAGAAAAGAAAGAAAUAGUGUUUCAGAAAGGACAGGCAAUAGACACCGGAGAAAUUGAAAUUGGAGACCAAGUGAUGCAAACAAUCCCCCCAGGCCUCUUCUGGCGUUUCCAGAUCAUGAUCCAUCAUCCGAUGUACCUGAAAUUUAAUGUUUCAUUGGCAAAGGACUCUCUGUUGGGGAUUUAUGGCAGACGCAACAUUCCUCCCACUCACACACAGUUUGAUUUUGUAAAACUGAUGGAUGGGAAGCAAUUAAUCAAGCAGGAGCCAAGACAUUCGGAGGAACCUCAGCAUGCCCCCAGGAAUCUGAUCUUGAUGUCCAUGCAAGAAACUGGAUUCAUAGAAUUUAUGGAUCAAGGGGCUUGGCACAUGGCUUUUUACAAUGAUGGCAAGAAAAUGGAGCAAGUCCUGAUGUUGACAACAGCCAUAGAAGUCAUGGAUGACUGUUCCACCAACUGCAACGGGAAUGGAGAAUGUAUAUCUGGCCAUUGCCACUGUUUUCCGGGGUUCCUUGGUCCUGACUGUGCACGAGAUUCCUGCCCAGUGUUAUGCAGUGGGAAUGGGGAAUAUGAAAAGGGCCACUGCGUGUGCCGCAAUGGAUGGAAAGGGCCCGAAUGUGAUGUUCCAGAAGAGCAGUGCAUUGACCCCACUUGCUUUGGCCAUGGCACCUGCAUCAUGGGAAUCUGCAUUUGCGUCCCUGGUUAUAAAGGAGAGAUAUGUGAGGAAGAGGACUGCUUAGAUCCCAUGUGUUCUGGCCAUGGAGUCUGUGUUCAAGGGGAAUGCCACUGUUCCAUGGGAUGGGGUGGUGUCAACUGCGAAACAUCACUCCCUGUCUGCCAAGAACAGUGUUCAGGUCAUGGCACCUUCCUUUUGGACUCUGGCGUGUGCAACUGCGACCCAAAGUGGACAGGUUCUGACUGCUCAACUGAGCUCUGCACCCUGGACUGUGGCAGCCAUGGCGUCUGUGCCAGAGGAAUGUGUCAAUGUGAAGAAGGAUGGAUAGGCCCCACUUGUGAGGAACGGACAUGUAAUUCCCACUGCACUGAACACGGACAGUGCAAAGACGGCAAGUGUGAAUGCAGCCCUGGAUGGGAAGGCGAUCACUGCACCAUUGAUGGCUGCCCAGGUCUGUGUUAUGGUAAUGGAAGGUGCACCCUUGACCAGAAUGGAUGGCACUGUGUCUGCCAGGUGGGCUGGAGUGGAAUGGGAUGCAAUGUUGUCAUGGAGAUGAUGUGCGGAGAUGGCACCGAUAAUGAUGGAGAUGGUUUGACAGACUGCAUAGACCCGGAUUGCUGUCAACAAAGCACUUGCUAUGCAAGCCCUCUCUGCCAAGGUUCUCCUGAUCCCCUUGACCUCAUUCAGCAAAGCCAGCCUCCUUUCUCACAACACCCUCCAAGGCUCUUUUAUGACAGAAUCAAGUUCCUUAUUGGCAAAGAAAGCACUCAUGUAAUCCGGGGAGAUGUCUCAUUCGAGAGCAGGCGUGCUUGUGUUGUCCGAGGACAGGUAGUCGCGGUAGAUGGGACGCCAUUGGUUGGGGUGAAUGUGAGCUUCCAGCACCACAGCGAUUAUGGUUACACCAUCAGCCGGCAAGAUGGAAGUUUUGACCUAGUGGCUAUUGGAGGCAUCUCGGUCACUCUGCUCUUUGACAGAUCUCCAUUUCUUUCUGUGAAAAGGACCCUUUGGUUGUCCUGGAAUAGGUUUAUUGUGGUUGACAAAGUAGUCAUGCAAAGAACAGAGGUGGAGCCACCCUCUUGUGACAUCGCAAACUUCAUCAGCCCAAAUCCGAUUGUCCUUCCUUUCCCUUUGACAUCGUUUGGAGGAUCGUGUCCAGAACGGGGAACUAUCAUACCAGAGCUACAGGUGGUUCAGGAAGAAAUCCCCAUCCCUUACAGCUUUGUGAAGCUCAGCUACUUGAGCAGUCGGACAUCAGGAUACAAGACCUUGCUGUGGAUUAUUCUAACCCAUUCCAUCAUUCCUCCGGGAAUGACAAAAGUGCACCUUACCGUCACUAUCGAAGGGCGGCUGGCUCAGAAAUCCUUCCCUGCUACCACCAACAUGGUCUACACAUUCGCUUGGAAUAAGACUGAUAUUUAUGGCCAAAAGGUGUCUGGUUUGGCAGAAGCAAUGGUGUCAGUGGGUUAUGAAUAUGAGACCUGCCCUGAUUUUAUUCUUUGGGAAAAGAGGACUGUAACCCUGCAGGGAUUUGAGCUGGAUGCUUCCAAUCUGGGAGGCUGGUCCCUGGACAAACACCAUAUUUUGAACACACAGAGUGGUAUCGUGCACAAAGGAAACGGAGAAAAUAUAUUCAUCUCCCAGCAGCCACCAGUAAUCUCCACCGUCAUGGGCAAUGGGCACCAGAGAAGUGUCUCUUGUGCCAGCUGCAAUGGCCCAUCUCACACCAGCAAACUCUUUGCGCCCGUCGCCAUGGCUUCUGGUACCGACGGCAGCAUAUAUAUUGGAGACUUCAAUUUUGUCCGGCGCCUUCUUCCUUCAGGAAAUUCUAUCAGCAUCCUAGAACUAAGGAACAGAGACACAAGGCACAGCACAAGCCCAGCUCACAAGUACUACCUCGCAAUGGACCCAGUGUCUGAAUCCCUUUACUUGUCCGAUACAAACACCAGAAGGGUUUACAAGGUGAAAUCUCUCAGCGAAACCAAGGACCUGGCUAAAAACUAUGAGGUUGUGGCUGGAACAGGUGACCAGUGCCUUCCGUUUGACCAGAGCCACUGCGGAGAUGGAGGACGAGCAUCAGAGGCAUCACUUCAUAGCCCUCGAGGCAUCACCGUAGAUAAGCACGGCUUCGUUUACUUUGUGGAUGGCACCAUGAUUCGGAAGAUUGAUGGGAACGGCCUGAUCUCGACAUUAAUAGGCUCCAAUGGGCUCACAUCAACCCAACCCCUCAGCUGUGAUGCAGGGAUGGACAUCACUCAGGUCCGCCUAGAAUGGCCAACAGACCUUGCUGUCAACCCUCUGGACAAUUCGUUGUAUGUGCUGGACAAUAACAUUGUGCUACAAAUUUCUGAAAACAGAAGGGUGAGAAUUAUUGCUGGCCGCCCCAUCCACUGCCAGGUGCCUGGCAUCGAUCAUGUUUUGGUCAGCAAGGUGGCCAUCCAUUCCACCUUGGAGUCCGCCAGGGCCAUCAGCGUGUCUCACAGCGGCAUGCUGUACAUCGCGGAGACGGACGAGCGCAAGAUCAAUCGCAUCCAGCAGGUCACCACCAACGGCGAGAUCUCAAUCAUAGCCGGAGCACCGACAGACUGCGACUGCAAAAUUGACCCCAAUUGUGACUGCUUCUCAGGUGAUGGUGGGUAUGCCAAAGAUGCAAAGCUGAAAGCUCCCUCUUCCCUUGCUGUGUCUCCGGACGGCACCUUGUACAUCGCUGACCUUGGUAACAUCCGUAUCCGUGCUGUCAGUAGGAAUAAGGCUCAUCUCAGCGACAUGAAUAUUUAUGAGAUUGCCUCCCCAGCGGACCAAGAACUAUAUCAGUUCACCAGCAACGGGACUCAUCUGCACACUCUCAACCUCAUCACGAGGGACUUUAUAUUCAACUUCACCUACAACGGGGAAGGCGAUCUCACCACUGUUACGAACAGCAAUGGGAACUCGGUCCACAUCCGCAGAGAUGCCAGCGGUUUGCCUCUCUGGCUGUUGGUACCUGGUGGCCAGGUGUACUGGCUGACCAUAAGCAGCAAUGGGAUUCUCAAAAGAGUGUAUACCCAAGGCUACAACUUAGCUCUCAUGACCUAUCCUGGCACCACGGGUCUUCUGGCAACCAAAAGUAAUGAGUAUGGAUGGACAACAGUUUACGAGUAUGACUCUGAUGGUCAUCUAACCAACGCAACUUUCCCAACUGGUGAAGUCAGCAGCUUCCAUAGUGAUAUAGAAAAGCUGAUGAUGGUGGAAAUGGACACAUCGAACAAGGAAAAUGUGGUCACGGCAACCAACUUUUCAGCUACCUCUACUAUUUACACAUUAAAGCAAGACAACACUCAGAAUAUCUAUCGGGUCAGUCCAGAUGGGUCGCUGAGGGUCACCUUCGCCAGCGGCAUGGAGAUUACUCUGAAUACGGAGCCGCACAUCCUGGCCGGUGUUUUCAACCCCACCUUGGGAAAAUGCAACAUCUCUCUACCUGGGGAACACAAUUCCAACCUUAUCGAGUGGAGACAAAGGAAGGAGCAGACCAAAGGCAGUAUCUCGGCAUUUGAAAGGAGGCUGCGGGCCCACAACAGAAACCUGCUUUCCAUCGAUUUUGAUCACAUAACAAGAACGGGGAAGAUCUAUGAUGACCAUCGCAAAUUUACUCUUCGGAUCCUGUAUGACCAAGCAGGCCGUCCAAUUCUUUGGUCCCCCAUCAGUAAAUACAAUGAGGUCAAUAUCACUUACUCGCAUUUGGGACUAGUGACCUAUAUCCAGAGAGGAACAUGGACUGAAAAGAUGGAGUAUGACCCAGGUGGGAAGAUUGUUUCCAGAACAUGGGCGGAUGGGAAAAUAUGGAGCUACACCUACUUAGAAAAGAGGCUGCUGCACCACAGAGAUGGGAGUAAACAUAUGAAGCUGAGUGCUGAGAGGAUGAAAAAAGAAGGCAGGCAUGCUGCUCUAAACCAGGGUCUGCCCAUGUCUGUAAUGCUUCUGCUGCACAGCCAACGGCGUUAUAUCUUUGAGUACGACCAAUCGGACUACCUCCUGUCUGUUACCAUGCCAAGUAUGGUGCGCCAUAGCUUUCAGACCAUGCUCUCUGUUGGAUACUAUCGCAAUCUCUAUUCCCCGCCAGACAGCGGUGUGUCUUUCAUCCAGGAUUACACCAGGGAUGGACGGCUUCUGCGAACUCUCUACCCAGGAACGGGCCGCAGGGUCCUUUACAAAUACACCAAGCAGUCCAGGCUUUCUGAGAUCCUGUAUGACACCACCCAAGUCUCCUUUACUUACGAAGAGUCCUCUGGAGUUAUCAAAACAAUCCACCUGAUGCACGACGGAUUUACUUGCACUAUCAGAUACAGGCAAACAGGCCCACUUAUUGGUCGCCAGAUUUUCAGAUUUAGCGAAGAAGGUCUCGUGAACGCCAGGUUUGACUACAGUUACAACAACUUCCGUGUGACCAGCAUGCAAGCCAUGAUAAACGAAACGCCUCUUCCCAUUGAUUUGUACCGCUAUGUGGAUGUGUCUGGGAAAACGGAACAAUUUGGGAAAUUCAGCGUAAUCAAUUAUGAUUUAAACCAAGUGAUAACCACCACUGUGAUGAAGCAUACCAAAAUUUUCAGUGCCAAUGGCCAAGUGAUUGAAGUGCAAUAUGAAAUCCUUAAAUCCAUCGCCUACUGGAUGACCAUUCAGUACGAUAAUAUGGGCCGGAUGGUCAUUUGUGAUAUACGAGUCGGAGUAGAUGCCAAUAUAACAAGAUACUUUUACGAAUAUGAUGCCGAUGGUCAGCUUCAGACCGUCUCCGUGAAUGAUAAAACCCAGUGGCGUUACAGCUAUGACCUCAACGGAAACAUCAACUUACUUAGCCAUGGGAAUAGUGCGAGGCUUACUCCUCUCAGGUAUGACCUCAGAGAUCGCAUCACAAGACUUGGAGACAUUCAGUACAAAAUGGAUGAAGAUGGCUUUCUGAAGCAAAGAGGAAAUGACAUCUUUGAAUACAGCUCUAAUGGUUUCCUGACCAAAGCGUACAACAGGAUUGCUGGGUGGACCGUCCAGUAUUACUACGAUGGGCUCGGGCGGCGGGUGGCCAGCAAGACAAGUUUGGGACAGCACCUCCAAUUCUUUUAUGCAGACCUCUCCAAUCCUGUAAGAGUGACACACUUAUACAAUCACAGUAGUUCAGAAAUAACAUCCCUGUAUUAUGACCUUCAGGGUCACUUGAUUGCUAUGGAGUUGAGCAGUGGCGAAGAAUAUUAUGUUGCCUGUGACAACACUGGGACUCCUUUAGCUAUCUUCAGUAGUCGUGGUCAAGUGAUCAAAGAGAUUCUCUACACGCCUUACGGGGAGAUCUAUCAGGACUCCAAUUCGGAUUUCGAGGUCAUUGUUGGUUUCCAUGGAGGGCUGUAUGACCCGCUGACGAAACUGGUGCACCUGGGGCAAAGGGAUUACGACGUCAUCGCUGGCCGCUGGUCAACACCAAACCAUCACCUCUGGGAAGAACUGAAGAAUGUCCCCAAGCCGUUCAAUCUGUAUGCAUUCAAAAACAACUACCCAGCGGGCAAGAUCCAAGAUGUGGCUAAAUAUACAACAGACAUCGGAAGUUGGCUUGAAUUGUUUGGGUUUCAACUCCACAAUGUACUUCCUGGAUUCCCCAAACCAGAGGUGGAUGCUUUAGAAACAACAUACGAACUGGUACAACUGCAAACAAAGACCCAGGAAUGGGAUCCAGGAAAGACUGUACUUGGCAUUCAGUGCGAACUACAAAAGCAACUCAAGAACUUCAUUUCCUUGGACCAGCUGCCCAUGACUCCCAAAUACAGUGACGGGCGAUGUGUGGAGCGAUCCAAACAAGCCAGAUUUGCUGCCGUUCCCUCGGUGUUUGGGAAAGGCAUCAAAUUUGCCAUCAAGGAUGGCUUGGUGACAGCUGACGUCAUUGGGGUAGCCAACGAAGACAGCCGCCGCAUUGCCGCCAUCCUCAACAAUGCCCACUACCUGGAAGACUUGCACUUUACAAUUGAUGGGCGGGACACACACUAUUUCAUCAAGCUGGGCUCUCUGGAGGAGGACCUGGCCGUCAUCGGAAACACGGGGGGACGGCGGAUUUUGGAGAACGGCGUCAACGUCACUGUGUCUCAAAUGACUUCCGUCAUCAACGGGAGGACUAGACGGUUUGCCGACAUCCAGCUUCAACAUGGUUCUUUGUGCUUCAACGUUCGGUACGGGACGACUGUCGAAGAAGAAAAGAACCAUGUCUUGGAGAUCGCCAGGCAGAGAGCUGUGGCUCAGGCUUGGACUAGGGAACAGCGGCGGCUCCAAGACGGAGAAGAAGGUAUUAGGGCUUGGACAGAAGGGGAAAAACAGCAGCUCUUGAGCACAGGGAAAGUACAAGGCUACGACGGAUAUUUUGUUUUAUCUGUAGAGCAGUAUCUGGAACUUUCUGACAGUGCCAACAAUAUUCACUUUAUGAGACAGAGCGAAAUAGGCAGGAGGUAACAAACAAAAAUAAACACUCAAUCUCUGCCUUUGCAUCACCAAAGACUGCCUGUUUUUAAGAAAACAAAAACAUUACGUAAAGGUUUAUUGUAUUGGUUUUUCUAGAUCAGAACUCU